AUGUCCCUACAAGUGGCGCUGCUGCUGCUACUGCGAUGCCUGGCCUCUGCGUGGGCCCAGUACGAACUCUGUAAGUCCCUGGUGAGCACGGACGAGGGCUCGGUGUGGGAGCAUUACGCCUGCCAGCCCAAACCCGCCGCCAUGAAAGACUACAUGCGCAUCAAGGUUGAUCCGCCCGGAAUCACAUGUGGCAACCCGCCUGAGCGCUUCUGCACACUGGAGAACCCGUACCUGUGCAGUGAUGAGUGUGACGCCUCAAACCCAGACCUGGCUCAUCCUCCGCAGCUGAUGCAAGACCGCGAGCGCAACGGCCUCAUCACCUACUGGCAGACGGUGACGUGGAGGCGCCACCCUGAGCCGCUUCUGGCUAACAUCACUCUGUCGUGGAACAAGACUCUGGAGCUCACUGACGACCUGCACAUCACCUUUGAGUACGGCCGGCCCACCAUCAUGGUGCUGGACAAGUCCAUGGACCACGGCCGCACGUGGCAGCCAUACCAGUACUACGCCGACGACUGUCUGGACAACUUCAACAUGCAACCAAAGCGAGUGCGGGACCUCAGCCCCACCAACAUCACCAGAGUCAUCUGCACAGAGCAGUACUCUCGCUGGGUCGGCUCCAAGAACGAGAAGAACGUCAAGUUUGAGGUUCGGGCUCGAUUUGCUGUGUUUGCCGGAGCCCGACUUCAGCAAAUGGACAAUCUGUACACGCGCAUGGAGAGUAUGAAGGGUCUGAGGGACUUCUUCACCUUCACCAACCUGAGGCUGCGGCUGCUCAGGCCGGCGCUCGGAGGCACCUACGUCCAAAGAGACAAUCUGCUCAAAUACUUCUACGCCAUCUCCAACAUCGAUGUCCCGGCCAGGUGUAAGUGUAACCUCCAUGCCUCACAGUGCCUCCUGGUGGAUGGGAACCUUCAGUGUCAGUGCGAACACAACACCACAGGCCAGGACUGUCAGCGCUGUAAGAAGGGAUUCAAGGCCAAGUCCUGGAAAGCCGGCUCCUUCCUGCCGACUCCAAACGGAACUCCAAACACAUGUGCAAUUGCGGGGUCCCCCUCCGGUUCAAUAGUCGAAGAUGAAACCGUGAGCGGAAUCCGAGAUGAAAACCCGCACGGUAGACUUGAUCACGCUGAGCCUGACACUCAAGGUCAGCGAAGGACCCCUGGAGCCCCUCGGGAAGAGCGCACGUUGCCCAUGAUGUGA